AUGCCUUAUUUUAUCGCUCAGCAACGAGUCCAGCCAACCCCGUACCAGCAGCCGACGAAGGAAUUCGAGACCUUUGUGUCCCCGGCCCUUGCCCGAGCGCACACCAUCACACUUGGCAGUGCGACGGACAAGUGGAAGAACGAGGCCGUCAAGGUGCAGCCGGCGGACGGCACGUACUUCCUCUCGGUGACUCCUGCAGAGUUCAAUAUGGACAGCAGCGCGGCCCGCGAGGGCCGCGCUGCUUCCGCUGCGGCAGCCACCUUAUUACCCUCUGAGAUGCCGACGCGCAAGCAGGCGCCCAACGCCACUGUGGAGGAGCGAUUUCAGUGUAUCCUGGAGCAGGUGGUCGUAGCUGGCUUUGAGAGCUUUGACGCUAUGGCGACUGCCUAUUAUGCACUAAAUUUCAGCUCUAACUCAGCGCUCGCCGACGAGCAGCGGCUGUCACGUAGCAGGCGUCUGCCGCGGGUUAUCUCGGACAUACAUUCGGCCGCCUCGAGCUCGUGGUCAGAUUGGGAACGAAGGGGGUUUCUUCAUGAGAUCCUGCGGACUGCCGAGGUUAUACUCAGCAGUGAGGGAGACGGCGCGCGGCCGUCGGUCGGCAGCAAGAUAGUCGAGCUAGUCCAGGCGCAAGACAUAGGCGAUACCCGUGUCGCAGCUGGCGCUAUGUUCGAGAUCAAGCGGGUGGCGCAGGGGCAGCUGCCCAAUAUCUGGGCCGUCGCCAUGGCCCUCGCGGCGGGCACGGGACACCGGUGCAAUCGAGACCGCUCUGACGUGGCCCUGGCCACCACGCUCAUCCUUAGUUCGGCAACGAGCAUUUCCAGUGAUUAG